AUGUUGGUAGAUAAUAUCAGUACUUCUGCAUCUAUUCCGAAAUCUCCACUUUUAAAAGAUAUUUUUUUAAUACAAGAUGGUCCUUUGUUUCGAGCUACUUUAAAGCAACUUGAGGAUCGUACUAGCCAUUUAAAAGUUUCAUUAAAAGGAAUUAUUAAAGCAGCCACAGUAGCUCUUCAAUUGCGUCGUCAAGUGUAUCAAGCAGAUGAAAAUUAUGUAAAAGCUUUAAGGAAUACACCCUGCAUUGAACCGUUAAUGAAUUCUUAUUUAAAUACAACUUGGGGUAUCAUUCAAAAGGAACGUCAAAAAUUGGAUCAGUCUCUUUCCAAUCAAAUGUUAGAACCCGUUAAACGUUUAUAUGAAGAUAGUAUCAAAAUAGCUGAAUUGAAACGAAAACAGUUUGAAGAAGAGAGUAAAGAUUAUUAUACUUCCCUUGCAAAAUACUUGAAAACGAGUAGACGAGAAGAAGAAGAAGAAUGGAAAAAGAAAGAGAUUCAGAUUACUCAAAAGAAAUCAAAAUUUGACUUGGCUAGAUUUGACUAUCUUUCUUUCUUAUUGGAUAUGCAUGAUGGUGGUAAAAAGGAAAACGAACUCCUGUUCUGUAUUGUGGAUCAUAUUAUUAGAGAUGUUAGUUAUUUUGAAUCAGUGGCUACCAAGAUUGAAAGUGAAAGACCGGCUUUAAAUGAAUUAGUUGCUUUAAUAACCGAGAAUUCAAAGGAACAAGAAAUAAACGAUCAUAACAGAUUAAAUAAACGCAAUGAAUUAGUUGAGUUGUGUAACAAUAGUAACGUCCUGUUGGAUCAAUUGUCAAAAGAAAAGACGGCUUCUGCUGUAAACCUCAACUAUGAAGAACAAAGUGAUAUUCAUGAUUUACAAGAGCAACAUCGACUUUUUCCUUUGGUUAGUCGUAAAAAGGAAGGCUUUUUAUAUUCAACUUCUAAACCGUCUAAAAGCACGGGUGGAUUCGAUGUUAUUAGUUCUUCAUCAACUACUGCAACAUGGCACAAAUAUUGGUGCGUAUUAAGUAAUGGACAAUUACAUGAGUAUUCAAAUUGGAAACGUCAUUUAGAACCUCAUCUUGAACCUAUCCAUUUAAGGUUUGCCACUGUUCGUGAGGCACGUAAUAGUGAACGUCGAUUCUGUUUUGAAGUCAUUACACCUUCAAUAAGACGCGUUUAUCAGGCAACUUCACAAGAAGAAGCACAAAUUUGGAUAGAAACUAUACAAAAUUCAAUUCAAAGUGUAUUAAAAGGUACAAGCAGUUCUGUUUAUUUACUUGAUAUAGAAGAAGAGGAUUCUAUGACAAUACUAUCAUCUAAUAGUAGAAAAAAUAAUGGUAAUAAAAAAGGGCAACAAAAACAACAACAUACUAGAUCAUUAAGUGAUGCCCUCAAGCCAAGUACCACAGCAACGACAACAGAUUCUGAAACUUUAAUGACUUCAAGUCUUUCAGCUUCUAGUCUUAAAGAUCGUAAAAGACAAUCUAUGAAUAACCCACCUAUGAUGAUAUCUAGUACUAACAAAUCCAUUUUCAAUGCAAGUACAGCAACAUCAAAUUCUGCCUUUAAGCCAUCUGAAGCAGGUGAAUUAUUAGUAUCUGCAUCCAUGUCUUCUACACAUACAAAAAAUGAUAGAUUUAGAUUAUCUGGAUUUAACUUUAAAUAUCAAUCUAAAAGUACACCCAGCAUUAGAAUUACUCCACUACCUGAAGAUGACGUUAUACCGGAUGAAAAUUUUGUCUUUUUAGACCUGGCGAAAUCCGUAACCCAUUUACAGCUUCUAUCUAUCUUAAGACAAGACCCUUCUAAUCAUUAUUGUGCUGAUUGUGGAACUGAAAAUCCAGAAUGGUGUUCAUUAAAUUUGGGUGUUUUAGUUUGCAUAGAAUGUUCUGGUAUUCAUCGUGGUUUAGGAACUCAUAUCUCUAAAAUCCGUUCUUUGACAUUAGAUAGUACUGUAUAUACACCUGAGAUCAUUGAAGUAUUAAAGUUGAUUGGUAAUGCAAAAUCAAACACGAUAUGGGAUCCUCUACAAACAAAUAAACCAGGUCCAACUGAUACCCGAGCUACAAAGUUAUCUUACAUUCAAGCCAAAUAUGUAAACCGUAGAUAUAUAAAUAGAGAAUACAUAACAUCCCAUGACCCUAACUUGAUCCUAUUCGAGGCCAUUCGAAAUAAUGAUAUUGUUAAAGCACUUUAUGCAAUAGUUGUAGGAGCAAAUGUCAAUGCUGCAUUUAAAGUCGCCAACAUAAGGCAGACAUCUUUAAAAAAGGCAAAGGAUUUACCCUCUAUUCAAACUAGUUUUACAGAGACUAGCGACGACGAUAGCAACAAUAACAACAAUAACAAGAGCAAGACCAACGACAAUGCAGUAUCAGUUAUACAACCCUCUCCAUGUAUACCCUUUUUACCUAUGAAUGAUAAGUACAAGAAUAAUAAUGUUAAAAAAGAAAAUGUUUCUUCUCUAGUCACACUCUAUGCUUUACAUUAUGCAUUACUUAAUGGUCGCCAAUUAAAUCAAAAAAAGUCAACAGAACUUCAUAAUAAAAACAAAAGUCGAUUAUUAUUAUCAAAUGCUGAUAAUGGAACUGGAACUGGAACUGGAAAUGGAACUGGAAAUGGAACUGGAAAUGGAGAUGGAAAUGGAAAUAAAGAUGAAGAUUUAGUUAUCACUUCUGUAACCUCUUCUUCCUCUACUUCCUCCUCCUCCUCCUCCUCCCCCUCUUCUUCUUCUUCUUAUUUAACAUCACCAUUAUCACCAGUCACCAUUAGUAAUAUGCUAUCACUGUGUCCUACUAACAAAGCAACUACCAUCAAAAGAAAACUUAUCUUUCCAAUUGCAGAGCUUUUAUUACAGAAUGGAGCUGAUAUGAAUAUAAUAGAUCCUAAAACAGGCUUAAGUUUAUUACAUCUUAUAUGCAUAGAUUCUGAACUUGAUGAUGAUGCAAUAGAUUAUAUUAAUAUAAAGAAUAAUGCAAGAGGGCAACCAAGUAUUACUCGAUUUAUUUAA